UUGUGAUUGGUUAUCAAUGCAAUGGUUGGUUAAGGUUAAAUGGUUAAUCGUUAAUGUUAAUGCUGUGUUGUGUUGUGGAAACACUCUCAUAUCUCGUAUCUCAAUUUCGUGUUUUUUAAGAGAGAGAGAGAAUCCCGUUUACAUGUCUCUGAAUUUGCAACUAAAAAAUGUUGAAACAAUUGGUUUUCAGUUUCUUCAUAACAACGCUUUCUCUUUCACUUAUCCUUUUCACCAUCAAUAUCAUACCCAUGCCUCGCUCUCUUUUCCCUCACCACCACAAACUCGCUUUCGCCCUCCGACAACCGUCUUCUCCGCCCUGACGGCGGAGCAGAUCGCCGCGCCGCCGGUGAGGAUGGUGGCUGUGGUUGGCAACGGAGCUGCCAGCCCUCUCAAGUCCGCAUCUUGGGAACAAGUCAUGCUUCACACUGCAAAGAGAUUGAAAUGGGUUGAUGAAGGGUAUGAACUUCUUGUAUUUACAGAUGAAUGUAUUAUAUCUAAUGGACCGAUGACCAUGAAACUCCAGAGAGAAUUACUGAAUGCUGAUAUAUUGGUUAUUGUUGCUGUUACAAACAAGGAAUCUGUUGAGUGGAUUAAUAACAACAGAAAAACUAUUGAAAAUGUAAUAUGCCUUGACUCUUCACCGGAUUUGAAAAACAAAUUAGGAGGCUAUGAUGUUCCCAGUGAAGUGAGAGGAAGUAUGUUUGGAAACUUUUUUGGAAAUUCUCAAUCUGAGAAAGCUAAAGAAUCAUAUGAAGUAGUGCAGACUGUAUCUGAAGCAUGGGAUCGACAUAAUUCUGAUGAUAUAAGGUUCUGUUUGCUGGUACUAAUCAAUGCUUAUAUAAGGCCCGUUCCAGUAUUGAAGAACUUGAGAGCUAAAGGUUUUUCUACCCUGAACUGUAUGUUGAAGAACUGUGGUCGUCAGGUACUUAAUUGCUUGUUGGAUCCCAAUUGUAGAAAAGCUCUUCAAUGCUUGAACAAGUGUAGUCCCGUUGAUCAAGUUUGUAACUACCGAUGUAUUGCUUCAUAUGAAAGUGCAAAUCUAGAGGCUUUUUCACUAUGUGUAUUACAGAAAAACAACUGUCUUGAGUUGGAAGCAGAAAUCCCUGACAAGCCAUAUGUGCCUCCAAUGAUCAAGUUCCGGGGGAAGAACUUAAGUUAUGAAAUGACAGAAGAUUUGUUUGUUGGAUGGUUGGGGAGUUUGGAAUGGAGCUGGCGUGUUGUAGCAGGGCAGAACCCAGCAUAUGAUCAGUUUCCAUGCCAAUACCAGUUGUUCUAUAGGGGAAAAGCAAAAGGGUCAUUUUGGUACGAACCAGUAUUCCAGGUAAAAACAUUGGAAGGCCAAUUGGUUUGGAGGAGGAGGAAAUAUAGAGUCAGAAGAGGUAAGGUACCUGGCACAUUCUAUUUCAGUGUAUUAGAUAAUGGAGUUGUUUCAAAUGAGUUUUGGACAAUUGUGGAUGUGGCUGAUAAUCUUAGUUGGGGUUUGUUCCAUUAUCGUGGUGCUGCUAGAGUUGCAGGACAAUCUUAUACUGGGGCAGUACUUGUUAGUCCAGAUGGAGCAUUUCCAAAUGACAGAGAGAGGACAAAGAUAGUUGCUGCACUAGACAAAUGUGAAAUUAAAGAGUGGGAGCUAUAUACUGUUGACAAUUGUUCAUGCAUAGAUCCACCCCUAGGAAUUCCGGAGGGUUCAAGUUUACAUACCAUAGUCCAAAUUGAAGUUCCAAAGUAGAUGGCUGUAUUAUUAUUUGUGCCGAGAACUCAUCAGAAUUAUAAUCUCUAUCCGGUAAUGUUCAGCACACAUGCAGAUUCAAUUUUCAAAGAAAGUUAAUUGGUUUUGUUUCUUGUCAGUGUCUAAAUGUAGUUCGUAUUUGUUAGGGUU